AUGAAGGACUGUCUCCCAAACAACCAACCGGACUUCAAUCUUAUUGUCAAAAGUCAAAAAUUCGCGAGCACUUUGUCUUAUUAUAUCCUGGUAGCUAUGGCUGCUUUCCCGGGGACACCAGUCGAACAUGCUAUAGUAUCUAUCAAGGAUUCAGCGGAGGGAGCUCGACCGUUGCUGGGGGCUUCAAAGUCUGACUCCCGCCGGGAACUCGCCGGGUCCACCAGAGAGACAACGAUGGUUCCCCUCCAAGCAAAAUGGGUGCAGAAGGUUCGGCAAUUUUUUGGCCUUGAUCACCAAGCUGAAUUAGCAGCUGCUAUUGCGUGGCAACACACAACUCGCACAACCUCGGAACCCAGGAUGAGCGUCGCGGACCUGCUGACCGCGGAGAAGCAACGCGCGUUGAUCAAAGCACACCGCAAGUCCAACCGAGUAUCUGCCCAACAAUCAUAA